AUGACCUUAUGGUUCGGCGAUCAAGAGGCGUAUUACAGCGGAAGAAAACGUUUGGAUCCAGCUACGAACAUUGCUGGCGGUAGGCGUAUGGAGCACGCCGAUAUUCUUCUCUUGGAGCAACUCAUACGUUCGGACACUUACGAGAUCUUCGGAGAAGUGAUUCUCGGACGCGUCUAUGAGAAAAGCUGUCUGUCGAUGAUACAGUGCAACGAGAAACGAGAUAUAAUCUCGGGAAUAUGCCUCUGCAAUUACCCCAACGUCCCGUCCAUAAAUCCCGACGACUGGCUCACUUGGUUGUACACCUUGUACAAGGUGGAAGACGUGACGGAGAGGAACACGAUGUUCGUGCACUUUCUCGUGUGGGACAGACGAUACACCGGCCACUUCUUCAACGAUCUCCUGACCGAUCUCUUCGACGCCGCUUCGUACCUCCAACACAUCGUCCUCGUGCUUCCUCCUCGAAUUAUUAUAGCGGAUGUGUUCGAGGGACGGAUGAUCAGGGUUCCCUUGAGGUGUUCGGUGGACAGGUACUCGAGGCAGUCCGUCUACAUGACCGGUUGCCACUUGGAAAAUCCCAGGCUGAGGAUUCGACGCAUCGUAGAGGAAGAUAACGACGAUGUGAUACCGAUUAUCCACGCCGAGACGGCUCUCGUGAAACAGUAUUACGGGGAAUUUUACGCGAGCGAGAUGGUUCGAUAUCCCGACGAGCAGAGACGAUUGAUCGUAUCGGAGGAUGACGAAGGACUGGCCACAGGCGUGAUGUUUCUCAACAGCAGAGUAGACGUGGACAAGCUGAGCGAGAAUUUCGAGCUUGGACCGUAUAACAGUUUGAGGAAACCACAUAAGAACGAUCGGUUCUUCUCCGAGAGCAUGGAGCCAGCCAGUGAGACCUUCUUCUCGAUUUUCUCGAGGAAACCUCACGAGAAAAUGCCAGAGGGAGUUAUCGCCCCCUCUGCUGAGAAAAUCUCGCCGGAGCAAAGCGUAGAAGAAGAUUUCAGGGACACGGCGAGCACCUCCACGAUCUCGGUCGACGAUCGAUCGUCGAAACCGAACGAACCGCUGUCGGAGACAACUUUUCUCAGCAAUUUACCAUCGAUCGCCGAUUACUUUAACACGUACUACCAGUCCAAACUGAUGACCAGCGCGUUCGUGGACUCUAUAUUCGACAUUCCGCGACAAGCCACUAUCGUGUCUGCGGAUGUCCCGGAGGGCUUAGAGUCCAGCGACAUCAAGCUUCCCACGCAGCCUGUUUAUUGCGGCGCGAUGAACGCGUUCGUCUUGGAAAUUUUCGCGACGCAGGAUCACGUUAAGCAUCGGUCCAGCAGAAACUUCAUCGAGGCUGCGUUCGAGUGUUUCCCCGACUUGGACUACUGCGCCAUUCUUCUGCCAUUUUCUCACCCCUUUCUUCCUUUCCUCGAUCACUUCGUGCGUGUGCCACUGAGAUGCAACAAAGAUUACCCCAUGUCCUUGUACGUAACUCAUCGAGCAGCGCUUCUCGGCGAGUUAAAGGUUCGCGAGGCCAAGCUCUCCGAUCGCGAGGACGUGCAGGAGCUGUUACAGAGGAUUCCGAAGAUGGAGCAGGUUUUGGCCGACUUCGACGAGGCUGCGAAGGAACAAACUUCAGACUUGCGCUGCUUCGUCCUCCUGUGGAACGACACGGUCGUUGGCGUGACGAUUCUGCGCAUAGAGAACCAAGUGACGUAUAUCAAGCGACGUUACCACGUGGAAGACUACAUAGCAACGCAGGAUAUUCCUCACGAUGCGUACGGUCGCGUCCUCCACUUCGUUCUGAUGCCGAUUUUCUCCAUUCAUCUGCCCUACUUCUUCUGCGAGAUCACGCGACACACCGGUCUAAUCGUCCUUUACUACCGACUCGCGAAAAGUGCCACCAGUGCUCUGACUCGCACGCAACCCCUGCCGAUUUGCCUGAAAAUCAUGGUCCCCGUGAGUCCCCGUCAAAGGAUACAGUACGAAUACCGCGGUUGCGUUGAAACCGAUCAGCUUGAGGAAGAACCCGAACCUUUUUCUCUUUUCAUGACGACGCCAAGGCUUGCCAUGAUGCCCGUUACGAUCGUUGAUUCGAAAAUUGUGGUAGUAGGUGCUUCAGAUUGCGGAGUAGCGUUCCUGGAACAGCUCGCCUUCGGGCAGAGUUUCGUUCGAUUCGCCAAUCUCACGUUGAUAUCUCCGAAUGGUCUGCCUUACGAAGACGAAUCCAGCGACACGUCUGCUCGAAUGUUACCCUUCGCGGGAAGAUACUGCCGCGAGUAUCGAAGAUCGGUUCCUGCACGCGUUUGGAUCAACGUGGUGUACGGCACAGUGGUGUUGAUCCAGAGGAAAGAGAAGUACGUUGGGGUGAUGAAUCAAGGAAACAUAGCGUACGAUUAUUUGAUCCUGACUUGCGGACUGCAGUACCAGAGGCCGCAGUUUCAGGAGGAAUUGGACGCUGAAAAGGAAGGAAUACCGACCUUCGAUUUUUGUAGACACUUUCUCGACUACGAAACACCUUGGAACUGUUUGACAAUCAACGACGAUUCAGAGGCAACUACUUGCUUGGAGAAGCUGCAAAUUCUGACGAAUGAUUUCCAAGUUGAAAAGAGAAUUGUGUUUUAUGGGCACAACAUCGAGUGUUACUGUGCUAUUCAGGCGUUGCUCGACUUUGGAGUAAAGGGAUCUUGGAUCACCCUAAUCCUGCCGCCAUUGCCACCUUGCACAACUCACGAGAGCAUUUUCUUCUACGACUGCGAACUGUACCUGGAAGUGAUGAACUCGAUUUCGUCGAACGAGAUCGAGGUGCUGGUUGACUGGGAACUGAUCGAUUGGCACCUGAUUCACUCCCCCGAGGAAAACAUGAUAGAAUCUAUCGAUAUUCGAUUAAAGGGUGAAACUAGGACGCUGGAAUGCGACGCUCUGCUGCCUUUCCACAGAAAGACCAUCAACAUGAAGAUAUUCCUAGGUGCCGAAUCGAAGAUUCAAGGCUUUCACGGCCUGGAGUAUAAUUAUUUCGAGGCUUUCGGGUCGAUUUGUCGGUCAGGAUUAGUGUUCGAUGGUCAACUGGUGAUAGAUCCAGAAUUUCGAACGAACGACGCGUCGAUCUUCGCUGCUGGCACUCUAACCAAGUACUGCAGAAAGUUUCACGCGGAAGCCUGGCAGCACGGCUACUUCAACAGCACAGAGAUCGGCGAAAGACUGGCGAAGUAUCUUCGUUCCUUCGUCGAUAGUCAGCACAAGAAUGGAAAAGUACCGUUCGUCCCUUUCAAAGGCAAAACCUUCCUAACCAUACCCAUAUUUCGAACUCCAAAAGUCGUGGCUUGCAUUCUUCCCGGUGGCUAUCGUUACGCUCACGUCUGCAAGCCUGGAAAAGCCAUGUUACGCAAGAUUGCGAUUAGUUACGAUGUUUAUGGUCAAGUGCUGGGGACUGGCUCGUGCAAGUCUGAGAUCGGCUACUUUCGCAUUAGACUGAAUCGUUUCGACAUCCUAGAGACUGUCACUUGCUUCAGCAAGAAGGAUUUCGAGGUGCGUCAUAUGAUCAAAUUACACGGAAAACACGAAAGCUUGUUGAACGAACUAAAAACACGUUUCCAAAAAUCCCUGAUCGCUGAUUUUUACGCGUAUUUCCGAGAACCCUGGGCGAUGGCCAUCUUCUACGACAGAUUCGAGUGCCUCAGAGUAGAGAACCGAGCCACGUUACUGUCCAAAACGGCGCUUCCUGGCCAAUCUUUGACCAACGAUUGCCUCCGUGUUCUCAUAAGGAACAAAUGGGACGCAAUACGCGAAAGUGAUCGUCGUACCGUACAAAUGAAGUACGCCGGAUCCAUGUACCAGCAGGAGAUCGAGGAGAGUCUCCUGGACUUUUUGCAAUCCUUCGAGGAGGACUUGCCCGUGUACUGCACGCCUGGAAAGCUGCGUGAAUUAUACGCCGACAUCGAGGACAGUCCUCUGUACACCGAUCUCUAAGCCACCGAUCCUGUCGC